AUGAAGGUUCCGUGGCCAGCAGCCUUCGAGGAUGGGGAUGUGCGGAUGUUCCUGGAGGAGUUCGAGGAUGUGGCGGAGUUGGCCGGAAUACGGACGGAUCACGGCAAGUUGACGGCCCUCCGAGCGCUCCUCAAGGGUCGUGCGCGGGCAAUGUUGGACGCAGCACGAAGAGGCCCGGAGAAAAUGGAGUGGGCCGCCGCGAAGAACGCCCUGAUCGCGGGCUUUAACACCCCGGCCGACCGCCAGGAGGCACUCCGUCACUUCAAGAAGGCGCAGCUCGGAGUCGGUGUGGACCCACUUUCGCAUGCCGUGGCCCUGCGUGGGUUAUUGGAUCGCGCACUACCGACAUUGGAUGAGAAUGCUCGCUCG